GUCAGCAAGAAGUCUCCCACCAGCUCGGCCGAGUCUCACAACGCCACGAGUCCGUACAGUCUAGGGAUCUCGUGUUCGAUUGUCGAUCGCCACCACCAUGUACCGAGUCGCAGCCUCCCGCCUCAGGGAUCUCAAGGGUCGAACGUGCAAUGGGGCGUUGGCCAGAUUUGCAAGUUCGAGUGCUGUUGCCACAAACUCGUCCUCGUCUUCGGGGGGUCUCUUUGGGUGGCUGACUGGGGGAGGAUCCAAGUCUUUACCUCCCCUGGACUUCCCACUUCCAGGUGUCACACUCCCACCUUCAUUGCCUGAUUACGUUGAACCAAGUAAAACCAAGAUUACUACUCUCCCAAACGGUGUCAAGAUUGCCUCUGAAACAUCGACGAAUCCUGCAGCCUCAAUAGGGUUAUAUGUUGAUUGUGGUUCAAUCUAUGAGACACCAGUAUCAAUUGGAGCCACUGACCUGCUACGGCAUAUGGCCUUUAAGAGCACGAGAAACCGGAGCCACUUGCGUGUAGUGCGUGAAGUGGAGGCCAUUGGUGGCAAUGUGGAAGCUUCAUCUUCUAAGGAGCAGAUGAGCUACACCUAUAAUGCUUUGAAGACUUAUGUUCCUGAAAUGGUAGAGCUGCUUACUGAUAUUGUGAGGAAUCCUGUCUUCCUGGAUUGGGAAGUCAAUGAAGAGCUUGAGAAGUUGAAAGCCAAGAUUGGUGAAACUUCUAACAACCCUCACAAUUUGCUUUUGGAAGCAAUUCAUUCUGCUGGUUAUUCUGGUGCUUUGGCGAAUCCAGUUUCAGCCCCAGAAUCUGCAAUAAAUAGAUUGAAUAGUACAAUUCUUGAGGAAUUUGUUGCUGAAAAUUAUACUGCUCCACGGAUGGUACUUGUAGCUUCUGGUGUUGAACACGAUGAACUGUUAUCUGUUGCAGAACCACUUUUGUCUGAUCUACCCAGUGUCUCUCGACCUGAUGAGCCAAAAUCUGUUUACACUGGAGGGGAUUAUCGUAGCCAAGGUGAAUCAGGGAGAACCCAUUUUGCUCUUGCAUUUGAACUUCCUGGUGGCUGGCAUAAGGAGAAAGAAGCUGUAGUUUUGACUGUGCUCGAGGUACUCCUGAGAGGUGGUGGAUCCUUCUCGGCUGGUGGACCUGGAAAAGGGAUGCAUUCACGCCUAUAUCUUCGUGUUUUGAAUGAGUAUGCUCAAUUUCAGUCAAUUUCUGCAUUCAGCAGCAUCUACAAAAAUACUGGCGUGUUUGGCAUCCAAGCAACUGCUGGUUCUGAUUUUGUGUCAAAAGCCAUCGAUAUUGUGGCUAAUGAGCUUAUCGCAGUUGCAACACCUGGAGAAGUUGACCAGGUACAACUAGAUCGUGCUAAACAGUCAACGAAGUCCGCCAUCCUAAUAAAUUUGGAAUCCACUACACUUGCAUCGGAAGAUAUUGGGAGACAAAUUCUGAUCUGUGGUGAGAGGAAACCUGUGGAUCAUUUCUUGAAAGCUGUUGAUGAAGUAACUGUUAAGGAUAUUGCUUCAGUUGCCCAAAAGCUUCUUACUUCCCCUCUUACGAUGGCAUCAUAUGGAGAUGUUAUCAAUGUUCCAAGCUAUGAUUCAGUCAGCAGCAAGUUCCGUUCAAAAUGAAAUUGCUUUUCCUGUAUGUACCAAAAAAAUUAAAAAUAAAAAAGGUACUCCUUUCAUGAAUAAGACUGGUCUGGCAACUGAGCUGCUUUGCUUGCCCUAAACUUUUCGACGUGUGCAUAUAUCUUCUAGGAGAAAUUUUUGAAGUUCUGAAUUCUACCGUAUGAAAGCAGCUACGCUGCAGAAAGUGGUGUAAACUUUUGAGGGACUAAAAAAGCCCCAUUACAUGUUUUAGAGUGUAUAAUCUGGUUACAUGUUCACGUGCAUUCUUUAGCAAUCAAACGUAUGUUUAUUUGAUUGUU